CUGAUCAAGGUGUCCGUCAGGACGUGCUGCCCUUUCGGCGUGCGCUCUGAGCGUUUGUGUCCCUGUGGGGGUGUGUGGCAGGGGUUUCUAUACCCAGUACCAGUAUUCCCGCCCCUUCCAUCAGGGGUUCGGCUUGAGGUCGCCCCUGGUGGGCGACUCUCGAAUCUUGUGGAAGAGCACGAGAACCCGGAGCUGCGGAGGCCUGCUGAGGCAGGCUGGAAGAUGGCGGCGGCGGCGGUCCCUGCAACUUCUAGUUCUCAGUUGUCGAACAUCUUAUCUAAACCAUCAAGGUCAAAUGGAAAUAUGGUUCGCCAUUCUUCAUCUCCAUAUGUAGUAUAUCCACCCGACAAGCCAUUCCUUAAUAGUGAUAUGCGACGCUCCCCAAGUAAGCCGACAUUUGCCUAUCCAGAAAGCAACAGCAGAGCCAUAUUCUCAGCUCUGAAGAAUCUUCAAGAGAAGAUUCGACGUUUGGAACUUGAAAGGAUUCAGGCAGAAGAAAGUGUGAAAACUUUGUCUAGAGAAACAAGUGAAUACAAGAAAGUACUGGAUGAACAGAUACAGGAAAGGGAGAAUUCAAAGAAUGAGGAAUCAAAGCACAAUCAAGAACUGACAUCUCAGUUGUUAGCUGCAGAAAAUAAAUGUAAUCUUUUAGAAAAACAGUUGGAAUAUAUGAGAAACAUGAUCAAGCAUGCAGAAAAAGAAAGGACAUCUGUCUUAGAGAAACAGGUUUCCUUAGAAAGAGAACGACAACAUGAUCAAACGCAUGUUCAGACCAAACUUGAAAAAUUGGAUCUUCUUGAACAGGAAUAUAACAAACUUACCACAAUGCAAGCUGUUGCAGAAAAAAAAAUGCAAGAGUUAGAAGCAAAACUCCAUGAAGAAGAACAGGAGAGGAAACAUAUGCAAGUUAAGGCAGCCCAGUUGCAAACUGGUCUAGAAACAAAUAGACUUAUCUUGGAAGAUAAAGCAUCUUCAUGUGUUACCAAUACAAGAAGAAUUAAAAAAAAGAAGUCAAAAUCACCUGAAAAGUCUACCAGUCCUAGCCAUGCUGUGGUAGCCAAUGUUCAGCAUGUCUUGCAUCUAAUGAAGCAACAUAGUAAAGCCUUGUGCAAUGAUCGAGUAGUCAACAGUGUUCCUUUGGCAAAGCAAGUAUCUUCAAGAUGUAGUAAAAGUAAGAAGUUGCCAGUAACACCAUCCUCCAGUACCAUUAAUGAAGAGUUGUCAGAAGUCUUACAGACUUUACAGGAUGAAUUUGGGCAAAUGAGCUUUGAUCACCAGCAGCUAGCAAAACUUAUCCAGGAGUCUCCAACCAUUGAACUAAAAGAAGAGUUAGAGUGCGAACUGGAGACAUUAGUUGGAAGGAUGGAAGCAAAAGCCAACCAAAUAACUAAAGUUCGAAAAUACCAAGCCCAGCUGGAGAAACAGAAGAUAGAGAAGCAGAGGAAGGAAUUAAGAGCCACCAAAAAGUCUCUUGAUGAAGAAGGAAACAGCAGCAGUCGUUCUGGAACUACAGGGACCACAAAUAAGAAGGACUUUGCCAAACUGAGACCUGGGGAAAAAAGCAGGAAGAAUCUUCAGUUAUUGAAGGACAUGCAAACCAUACAGAGUUCAUUACAAAGUAAUAGUUUGUCGUGGGAUUACUGACUGGUACCAGGUCAUAAAUUUUAUUCAGAUAAUUUGUACUUCAUCGAUCAGAUGUUGACAGUUUACUUACCAGGUCUCACACUGUCUUCUGUUGGAAUUAAUUGAUAGCAGUUGAUAAGGGACAGAAGCUUCAUUCCUUAGGCACCUUGGUUAUUCAGCUGGCUAAAUGUUAAACCAUUUAAAUGGAAACCAGGGUUUUUUUUAAAGGACAAGAAGCCACAAAUAAUCUUAUUUGUUUGAGAUGGAUUUGCUGUACUGAUACAUUGCACUUUGUAAACAGAUUACCAGUUUUUUACUUGUGGGUGUGAUUUUUUAAGUAGUUCUUUAUCUAAAUAAAAUUAGGUUUAAAUUGUCAAAAUAUGAAGCUAUCUCAUAGGUAGCAUUUGCUUGAAAAAUCUUUUACAUCUUCUAGAGUGAAGUACUCAUUUCCCCUUUCCAGUGAAACCAUUAAAUGUACUUUGACUAUUGAUGCAGGUUUUCUAUAAUUAAAUAUUUAUAGCAUAUUUAAGAGGAUU